UCCAUUCCGCUCAUUCGAUGUUGGGUCCUCGUACGGUGUGGUCGUCGCAUUUGAGUUGCUCUCGUUGGGUGAUUUGAUUUCCCAAAACGUGAAUGUGUGUGAGUAGUUCUGUGAGUGUAUGAGUGCAGUUAAACAGAAGCAACAACAACAACAACAGGGAGGAGAGAGAGAGCUAAAACAACAGCCGAAAAUUAGCUAUGGAUAAACAUAAUUUAAAAAUGUAUGCAAUCUCCCUGAGUGCACUCAUUGAGAUUCGUCAUAAUUGAGUCAACAAAAAUGAACCAAAAGAGCAGCCAACUCAACUAAAGAUAGAGAGAGAGCGUGAGAGUGAGAGAGAGUGGAGCACAUUGGAGCACGUCAUCGUCAUUUGAAGAGCCCCCGCAUUUGAGUGAAAGAGAGCGCGCCAGCGCACUCCGCCCUCGUUUACACGCCCAUUUCACACAACCCCGAAAGUAACCAAAACUGUCAUCACAUUCACAAGAAUACAAUAUAUUUAAAUUAAAGAACACCAGUCGAGUUAAUUAAGCAAAGGAAACCGCGAAAAUAUCACUCGAUUGACCUCCUUGCCCCCCUCCACGAAAAAAACGAAGCCAACAACAAAGAGCCUGCGCAGAUCCAAAGAGCAUUUGGAUACACGAAAAAGAGACAUCGCAGAGCUGCGGCCCCACAUUCGAAAAAUUUGAGUCUCUCGAGUCACAACGUGCGUCCGAGCGAGCGGAAAGUUUUAUUUUUAAAAUAUAAAAAAUAAAAUAUUAAAAGUGAAUAGUAUUAAAUCGGCGAUCAGGCUGCCUAGGCUAUUUCGAGUUGAGCCAAUGCAAGAAACUGCCUAAAGUAGUGCGUUGUCGAGUGAAAAGUAUUGAUUUUUUUGUCCGUCGGCAUAGGUGGUGCGUCGAUGACCUCGCACAAAACUACUACAACUGCAAUUACAACGGCUAUCAGUGUGUUUGUGAGCGAAGAGUUGCAGCAGCGCUUUUAAUAAUAUUUAAAGCUGUUUGCCAAUUGAGUUUUUGAAGAAAGCCACGCUUUACAUAAUUGGCCCAGUGCCGCCGAGACAGGCAACACCAACAACGGCGACGGGAAAACUUUCAGUCGGCGGUGGAAAACGACAACGAACAAGAACAAGAAGGAGAAGAAGAGCCCCACUGGAGCGACACCAGCAGAGCGUCAGCAGCAGAGGCUCCAACAGCGCAGUAGCAGCAGCAGCAGCAGCAGCGGCAGCGACAGAAGAGAGCGGCAGCCGAAAACCGCAGCGACACAUGCUCAGGUAUCGUCUCGUGUCCACUCAUUUCCUCAAGCAGCCGUAGUCAGGCCGAGCGGAAAAGCCUAUAAAAGCGCGACAGGUGCUCGCAGAGAUUUCAUUUAAUCAAUCGAUCGUUGCCAGGUUGCCAGUUUGCCAGCUUGCCACCUUGCAACAGCAACAGCAAACAGUGCAACACCACUAGCCACUUAUAGCCAUCAUCGCUAGCCAACCGCUUCCGGCUUCCGAAACGUAAAAGAAAAAAGAAGCGAACGCUCGAAGGAGCUGAUAUAUUCGCAUCUAAUCCGGCACUAUAAUCCAUUCACAACGUAUUCGUUAGGAGUGCUACUACUGGGUCUGAGCUGCUCUAGUUUAGAUAGCGAAAAUGUGCAGAGAUCGCGAUAUGAGUUCGUCGUAGAUCAGCGCAAUCGUCGUUACAAGGUCAAGAAAAAAAUUAAGAGAGAAUAAUUUAGGAUCAAGGAUAUCAGCUCUCUUCCAGGGCGCCUGGCAGCGCGAGAGGGUGAGUGAGAGUGACACAAGAACACACACACACACAGAGAGAGAUUGAGAGAGAGAAAGUGUGAGUAGAGAGAGAGAGAGCAGAGUGUGAGUGCGCCAGAGGGUGAGAUUUCCGGUUAUUUUGGAGAAAUUCUGGACCACAACAACAGCAACAACAGCAACUACUAUAAAAACAACAACAUCAGUUCUGCAAGCUACAAUACCAAAGUUAACAAAUUAGCUAACGGAAAUAUAAAUAAUUAUCCUUAAUUAAGGAUACCCUUCCAUUUCGAACGGCAAUGUGAAAGUGAAACGGUUCUAACCGGUUCGCCAGCAGCAACAACAACAACUAAACAGUUAUAUCCCUUCAACUCGCGAGUCUCUCGUCCUUGUUUUUGAUUGAAAGUCUACACACUCCUUUUCAUCCCCCCCGCUCGUGGCAAAAGGAUAACGUCGUGCAACUGGCGAACGUACGGGGAAAAGGCAGCAAGAUUGAAGACUUUGGGAGAAACCUGUGGAAGUCCGUUAAGGCUUGCAUUUGCGGCAUGCGCCAUACCACAACUGGGCUGAACGAAGACGACCUGAGUCGUCUCACCGGUUCAUCAUCGUCAACGGCCUCGUGCGGCAGCGCAGCCUCCUCAUCGUCCUCCUCAUCCUCAUCAUCGUCCACCGCCUCGCAUCCCGCCCCUCGCCAUGAGGUCGGCAGUCGCAGUCCGGAGAAGCCGACGGCAGCGGACAAGAACCACCUGAACAGCGGCUUCCAGUCCACCUACCUACCCGAGAUCAUUCAUCCGGCCCUGGAAUGGCAGAAGUCCUCCCGGAAGCGCAAGGAGCGCCUGGACAGCAGCUCGGCCUUCGGCCAGGAUCGCAAACUUCAGCGCAGCAACAGCGAGGAGCUGCUAACGGAGCCGGCUGCUCUGGGGCUGAUGACCAUGUCGCCCCAGACGGCCGCCAGUCUGCUGGAGGCCGCCCAGUGUGAGGUCAUCCGGCGAGUGUCCUCGGAGGACUUCAAGCGCACGGCCAGCUACGCCAACUACCGGCAGGAGUUUGAGCGGGAGCAGGAGCAGGCCUCGGAGCUGGGGGAGAACAAUGCCGCUUUGGCUAACCUGCCGUCGGCGGGCGAGGCGGCCAAGGAGCGCCCCCGCCUGGAGCCCAGUCCGACUCGCCAGCCGCCCAAGGAGGCCAGCGACGACUCCGAGUGCGAGCACGAGAGGCGACGCAGCAGCGAGCGGUUCUGCAAGUCCCGCCAGCCGCCAGUGCGCAAGUCCGGCGUGGCCAAGAAGGGCAGCGGUGCCAGUGGCUCCAAGUACUUGCCCUCGCGCCGCGACGAGCAGAGCGCCUACAAGUACGAUCUGUCGGCUUUGAAGUACGAGCGGAGAGGUUUCAUCAGCAGCCGGAAGCAGCAGAAUCAACAGAACCAGCUGCAGCAGCAGCAGCAGACUGCUUCCGAUCACAACGACAACAACUUGAUAGACUUCCACCAGCAGCAACAGCAGCAGAUGCAGGCACAACAGAAGGAUCUGCAGUCCAAGCGGAGUGCCAGCAUCUCCCCCACACCCACCACCAGCUCCUCGGCGGGCAGCGACGACAGCACGCCCACUUCCAAUGUCCCAGCGCCCGUCAAAGCCAAACCCCAGCGCCAGCAACAGAGCCUGGACCUGACCUCCGCCCAGGAGUCACUGCCCUGGGAGCGGGGCGACGAGCCAGCCCCCAUCCUUAGCCGGCGGUACGCCCACUCCCGGCCACAUAUCGGCGGCAACCUGGACGCCGCUGCCAAACUGGCCAAGGCCAUGCCAUAUCCCCAACAGCUGCCCAAGCAGGCGGCCACCGUUCAGCUCCACUCGGACAUCGUGGACAUGGACUGCUGCCUGGAGCCCAUGGAUGCCGUGAGGGCGUUCAGUUCCCUGGAGAACAUGCGCACCCGUGAUGUGAUGCAACAGGUGCUGCCGGCCAUGGUGGCCUUCCAAACGCCCGACGAACGGCUCAAGGCCAUCAACCGCCGGGUGACCGUGCUGAAGAAGAAGCUGGUGCAGCUGGAGGAGUCGCUGGAGCAGCGACUGGGCUACCGGCCUUCGCAGGCGGAGCGUUUGAACGACAAGUACAUGAAGAACGCCCUGGCCGAGCUGAGCAAGCUGCGCAAGGAGCGGCACGAGCUCAAGACUGAUCCCAUCGCUGCCCUCGGCCUGAAGCUGGGCAGCGGCAGUGGCGGCGGCGUAGGCGGCCAGGAGGUGGCCAAGAAGCUGGAGCGGAUGAAGGCAACCCUCGCUGAAAUCGAACAGAAUCUAAACGAGAAGCGUGCUAAUGGCAAUCGCUCCGAGCAGCUGGAGGAGCUGACUGGCGACCAGCUGGUGCAGGAGAAGAGCGCCGUGCAGCAUGGCCUGCUCUACUUCGAGAGCCUCUACGGACAUCCCAUCACCAAGGAGGAACGCGAUGCCGCUCGACCCCUCUACGACCGCUACCGGCAGCUGAAGCGCCUGGUCUCCCGCACCGUCAUGUUCGGAGCUGGAACAGGAGUGCCGGAGCUGCCCACCAUCCUGGAGCACGAGGCCAUGGUGUUCGAGGCCACCUCCACACCGCUGCAGUAUUCGUCGAACAACAGCACCGAGACCACCAACUCGCCCAGUGACUCCAUGGCGCCAAACACCAUGACCCAGAACGCCUCCUCCGACGAGUCUACCACCACGACCACCACCCUCACUGGCCCCGCUGCGGGAGUGGCAGCCACGCCCAUGGAGGCGGCAGCCAGCGAGAACAUCUCCGCCCUGAGUCUGGACCAGCUGUGGGAGCAGCUGGAGCGAGUGCGGGACGAGAAGUCGGUGCUGAAGGCCACCAUCCGGGAGUACGAGUCGAUGUUCGAGGAGCAGAACGGACGGAAGAUGCUGAAGCAGGAUCGCCGGUCGCUGGAGACGGAGACCUAUGCCCAGUACAAGGAGAAGAAGGCCAAGGUGCGCCUCCUGCAGGCGCUGAUCAAGAAGCACAUCGGCCACUAGCGCCAUCGGUAUCCAACCGCCUUCCAUCCAACACCCAACUCCAUUCACCCAGCAGCAGACUUAUUUAUUUCAUACCCAACCAAAAAGAAAAAUACAGACCUAGACUUAUGCAGAUUAUACGUAGUUUUUACAUUUAUACUUACCAUAUAUUCUAUAAUGAUACAUUUUAUGAAUAUUGUUGAUUCCUUAUUGUUUUUUGAAAACAUCUAUUGAGUAAUUGUAAUAAAAAAAACACAAAAAAUACGAGGCGAUUGAGAAGAGCACCCAUUUGAUUCAGAAUCCUUCUAUAUUAUAUCACUCCGCACGGACUCCCGCAUGGAAUUGAUAUGUUAUUGUAAUCUGAGAGCACCCCCUGAUAUGAUAUGAUUAUAAAAAUUACCAUUUUUGGCCUGAUUUAUCCCUAUCCUAGACGGGGAGUACGUCUAAUUUGAUUAGCUAUAUAUAGUUUACAACCAGCCGAAAGUCUAAUCAAAUAAUUGAAUCUUUAACACGUAAAGUCUUUAUAAAUGUUGUCUGGUAGAAAAUGAAUAUUUUAUAGCGAUAUCUGCGACACUAGCGAUUUAUUAAUUAUUGUAUUAUUGUAAUCCAGAGCCACUCUAGUGCUUUCCAUCAAAUGUUUCAGCGCGAUAGUCCGCGUACACCCCACACCCGCACCCACACCCUAUAUGAGAAACUUUUAUAUGGCAUUUGACAGGCUAUACUGGCUAUACGAGAGUUGAUCCAGAGUCCUAGGCUGGAUAACCUAUUCGAUUAUGUUGUGCGACAAGCAAUUGGGAUUUUUGAACGUAUAUAUAUACCUACCCCGCCCCCUAAUCCUUGCAUACGAUAUAUGAAUAUACAUACCUACACCUAUACAUUACGAGUAAAUAUAUUUACAAAAACCAUAGAGAGUAAAGCCCAAGCCAAGCGAAUACAUAUGUAAAACAUAUAUAUUUACAUGUUUACAUAUAUACCGAAAGAAAAUUCAAAGCAAAAUAUAUGAUAUAUAGGACUCAACAUUUACAAAUCGAAAUAUUCGAAAUAUGCGGCCCACUUAAUGGGUCCGGGGGAAGCCAGGGCAUACAAGUAUCUCCACGCAAACCGAAGCGAAUGAAUGUCUAUACAUAAUUGAACCGCAAAAUAAAUAUAUCACGUUAUAUUAAUUAA